AUGCCUCGGAAUACAAUUCCAUCAGGAGACUUCACCAAACAGUACGGUGAAAGCCUCUCAAUAAAAUGCGUUAUAGACCUGGCGCUGGCGCAAGGUCUAAAUUCAAGUCACAUAAUUUUCGCAAACGGUUCUAAGGAUCUUCCUCGAAACCUGACCAGGAUAAUAGACGAAAGGACAGCCGAACUGUACAUCGAGAAACCUAAACCUUUGAACCAGAUGUUCUAUUGUAAAUUGAAGAACCCGGACACGGGGGCUGAUAUAUCUGUUUGCAUGAAUUUCGUCACUAUAGGAACGCCUCCACAAGAUCCUGAUGACUUUCAUUGCGUUUCCCACAAUUGGGACAAUUUGUUGUGCGAGUUUCAUCCGAAGGAAAAUUAUAUACAAACGAAUUAUAGUUUGCAGUUUUAUUUGCCGACUACCAAGAACAAGUAA